CUGUCGGGCGUGCCUGGGAGGACCAGAAGGCUGCGAAGUCGUUGGAGGUUGCCAUUGGCAGCUUUCAGUGCUCAUCCCCGAGCUAUUAUUGCCCAUUUCCCUGGCCCUGCGUGGUUCAGGCAGCCGGGUACUGUGAGGAGUGCUUGCAGCAGCACAGCCUGCUGCAACAUGGCCGAGGAGGCACCGUGGAACUGCCCCAUCUGCCGUGACGCUGAAGGAGAGGUGGCUUCUGUAAUGCCCUGUCUCCACGUGUUCUGCCUGGGCUGCAUUGUGCGCUGGGCAAAGAAGACGCCCUCGUGCCCCCUUUGCAGGCAGGGUAUCCACGCCAUCAUCUACUCUGUGCGGUCAGAGGAAGACUUUUUGGAGAUAUUUCUUGAACCCCCCUCGGACCCAGUGGUUGCUGACCAGGAGGAUGAGGAGGCGGAUGAGGAGCAGAUGCCUACUUACGUAGCUGGCUUCCCUGUGGAGCUCUGGGCAAGGUUGUUCCAGGAGUCUCCAGAAAUCCUAGAGCCUGUGCUGCCCUGGCUGAACCAGGAGCUGUCGGUGUUGUUCGGUGCCCAGUGGUGGGAAGAGGCUCUGGCAGAGAGCACCAUCUUGGCAAAUCUGUGCCGCUCUGGACUGGACCAGGAGGCCUUGGUCCGGGAGCUGCAGCCCAUCCUGCAAGACCACACCGUGGCUUUUGUGCGCCAGCUCAUCAGCGUUGCCGCUGACAGGUGCAAUGAUGAGAUCCGGCGGCAGAUGGCCCUCCUGGCCUCCCAUACUGAUGAGGAGCAGGGCAGCCCCCCAGCCAGGCCUGGACCCUCUGCCUCUCGCGAGAGGACUCCCAGCCCCGGCCUGGCCUUCUCCCGUAGCCCUGCAGUCUCCAGUGCGGAGGAGGACACCAGCACGUUGGAGGUCCCUCUCCAUGGAAGUCCUGGACGCUCUCCAUCUCCACCUGCCCCUGCAGAGCAGGAGCGGCCCCAGGAAGAGGCAGCAGCAGUAGCAGGUCCCUCUGGCCAGGGCUGCACCCGCAGCUCCUCCACUCCUGGCCAAGACAGGGACUGCUUGCCCGGGGGGCCCCGGCGCCCCCAGAAGAGGAGGGCCUCUGGCCCACAGGACCCUCCCCAGCCCUGCAAGAGGCCGUCCCGCCGUCGGCGGAAGCGACCAAGCCUUAGUUCAAGAAAAAAGAAAUAAAAUUUUGUUUCUCUGACUCA